UCGUCGUCGUCGUCGUCGUCGCCCGCGCCGUGUGGCGAGUGCGUGGAGCACGUGUGCGUUGGGCGGAGGUGCGUGGGACGCGUACGCGCGUCGGGGAGUGCGUAGGCCUCGUGGGUGGGUGACGACGCCUCGGCAUCGGCGCAGUGUCGCCUUCGGUGUUGUCGCGUGUGUGCUGCGAGGCUUUUGACAGCGUCGUUCUGCUGCCGCCGGCAGGUGAGGACAGGGAGUCAGUAUAAGAACACCUGCGUGACCGCCCGCUCUCAGCCUCUGGGUAGAUCAAAGCCCGAAACUCUGCGCCGAAGCACCGCCCGCUUAUCUCGCGUCGAAGCAGCGCUCGCGCGUUCCCGGGGCAACUGAACGUCCGCGAGAAGACGUCGCCGAGUGAAGUGCGUCCGCGGCGAAGACAAGCAAGACGGCCGCGAAGUGUGUAGAGACGCUGACACGAAAAUAAAUCGCGCGAGUGCCGUGAUCAAUUUGGAGCGUGACGGCGACCCGAAGAGAUCUGAUGGUGCUCUGACUCGCCCCGUCAGUCUUCUCAACGCCGGCAUACUGGAGUUCACGGACGGCAUCGCGUGGAGCUUCCGCUUCCCGUCGCUGGGGUCGCUGUCGCGGCCGCGCCGCAUGGCCCCGCCCGUGCCGCCGCCGCCCGCGGCCGCCAAGCCGCACCUGGACGUGCGCCAGUGGCUGGCCGUGCUCGACCUGCAGCAGUACGCGCCCAACUUCGAGCGCUUCACCGGCGUCGAGGAGCUGCUGAGCUUCUCGGAGGAGGACAUCCGGUCGCUGGGCGUGCGCAACUCAGCGCAUCGCGCGCGCGUCGUCUCCAGCCUCGUGGCGCUGCGUUCCAAGUACGACAAAGGCCCAGCACGUAUCCAGUAUUUGUAUCGCAUGCGCUGUCAUGUAAAGUUAGAAGACGGCGCGCCCUUUGUGCUAGAUGGCACAAGGCUAUGA